CUCCCGCCGCCUGAGUGAUAUGUUAAAAGAUAGUUCCUAUUACGUGCCUCUAUAUAAAUUCAUCAAAAAUACAGUGGGGACAUUAUAAUAAACCGAAUAAAAAUAAAGACUUGGCCUAAAGGUCUAGAUACCCGGCCAAAAACUAAAAAAAAAAAAUGUCAGUCACUAGUCUGUAGUCAAAGCGUUUUAAAUUUGAAUAACUUGAACUUGACUUACGGUUUACCGAAAAAGUACAAUAAUAAACUUGAAAAUACGGACAUAGAUGAACAAAAAUUGAUUGGUUUAUGGUGAUAAAAUGCAAAGUACAAUAAAAGAGAUUUUGGACUCUUUAGGGUGUAAUUUAGAAGUAGAUACAGUAUCAAACUAUUUACAAAAUGAUCCAAAUUAUGGCAUCAAUGUUAUUUCAAGCAAACAAGCGAAUGAAUAUGCACAAAGGCUGGCAUUAAAAGCUUCCAACUCAAAAGUGUUCUUAAAAAAAUAUGAAGAGCUUAGAAACCGCAAUGUUGAAAAUUUGUCAAACAUAAUAGUAAUAUGCUACAAAUUAGUGUGUGAUGACAAAAAGUUUAAAACAUCAAAACCAAAAGUUGCUCCUAAACCAGCAAUAGGAGACAAUAAACAUCAAAUUACCAAAGAUGAUUUACCCCAGAUAAAGGAUAAACUGCUCAAAGCUGUUGAUGAAAGUAAAAAGCUUGUCAUGAAGUCAUUUGAAGAAAAAGAGGUUAAGCUUAUGCCAAAUUGGUAUAAUAGUUUAGAUUUGCCUAAUUGGCAAAAAGAACAUCCUUUUAUGUCCUGGGACUUUCCAAAAGAGCCUUUACCUAUUGUAGCCUCAUUGGCUGGUAUACCAGUCCUGUCUCAAGAAAACAUUAUAAUUGAUGAACUUCUUUAUGUAUUUACUGGUGUUCCUGGAAAUUACAUAGUCCAUAAACCAGUGAAAGAUGUGUAUGAACCAAGACAAUUUAUAAUAUCUGAUGAUUUGGAUGAUGCUUUGAAGCAAAUAGUUCAGCAGAUGUUACCAGUUGCAUCAAAUUAUUCAAUUGUGAGAAGAUUUAUUGAGAACUGUGAUAUGUGGUCUGGGCAGGUCCUCCAUGCGCUAGUUGCUGCUAUAGAGAUUCUAUUGAAGGAUUAUUAUACUAUGAUAGCACAAUUAGAAACAGAACACAUGACUGGUGGUCUGACCCUGCAAAAGUUAUGGUAUUUCGUUUUGCCGACCAUGCAUACCAUGCAAGUUUUAGCAUCUAUUGUAACCAACAUUGGCAAGAGUGAAGUCCGCGGUGGCGCAGUAUUGACAGUACUUCAUGAGAAGACGAGUACAUUAAUGGGUGAUGCGCGUGCGCAAGAAAUAGCUCUUUUCCUUACAGAACGCGCUUGUCGUCCUUACCUCGAUAUAUUGGAUAGAUGGAUACAUAAGGGCAGUGUUAACGAUCCCUUCCAUGAAUUCAUGAUCGAAGAUAACGAAUUGAUAAACAAAGAAGAGUUACCUUUGGACUACUCGGCUGACUACUGGGAGAAGAGAUAUAGCAGUCAGAGAGAUAGAGUUCCAAAGUUUCUUGACAAGUUUACUGAUAUUAUUCUACGGACGGGCAAAUACCUAAAUGUUAUCAGCCAAUGCGGAAAGUCAAUAACUAAAACGAAUACAGAAGAGAUUAAAUACUCUCUACGUGAACAAAACUAUGGGGCGAUCAUACAACGUGCGUAUUCGUACGCGAGCAAAUCCUUAUUGGAACUACUUCUAAAGGAAUACGACCUCAUGGGGAGGUUGAAAUCUGUGAAAAAUUACUUUUUAAUGAGCCAAGGUGACUUUAUUGUCCAGUUCAUGGAUGCAACAGAGCAAGAGUUGUCGAAGAAGAUAGACGAUAUUAUACCGUCGAAACUGGAGUCGUUGCUUGGACUCUGUUUGCGGUUAUCAUCAGCCCGUCACGACCCAUACAAUGAGGAUAUGCGAGUUGAAUUAUCUCCUUAUGAUCUCCAGUUCCAGAUGUUUAAAAUAUUGUCAAUUGAAACUGAAGAAGAGCAUGAGUAUAAGCAGAACAAAGACUGUCCUCCCCUUACGGGUAUAGAAACUUUCUCGUUCGGUAUGGAGGUGAAGUGGCCGGUUUCACUCAUAAUUAACCACAAAGCCAUCGCCUGCUACCAGAUGAUAUUCAGACAUCUCUUCUUCUGCAAACACGUGGAAAGACUGCUUUGUCGAGUGUGGCUAUACAACAAAGUGGUGAAAAGAUUCUCAGAAGCCCGUCUGUACGCGGACGCGUUCGCUCUUCGCCAGCGUAUGUUGAGUUGCGUACAACACUUGCAAUACUACAUGUGCGUGGAAGUUAUCGAGCCAUCCUGGUGUCAUCUCAUUCAGAGCCUGGAUAAUGUGAACAACGUAGAUGAAGUCCUGGAGCGUCACAAUGAUUUCUUGGAGUCCUGUCUCGGUGAUUGUAUGCUGACGAGCCCACAGCUGCUCAAGGCGUUCACGACUCUCCUUCUUGUUUGCGUGCAAUUUUGCACCUUUAUCCAGGAGAUGCACAAGUACUUCGUGGAUGCAGAGCUUAACAGUAUGCUCGGAACUACGUAUGACAAUACAGAUUAUAUUGAGGAGAACACGUGUGGUACAACGAGCAGUGGUUCAGCAGACUCCUUCUCUCAGUCCGUGUCCAGAUACGGCCUUCGUUUUACGGCGGGAUUACUCUCCGUACUCGCUAUUAUUGAGAGGAUGGCCCGCGACAAUAACACCAACAAACUUCUUAAUAUAUCUGCCAGGUUGAAAUUCAACACGUACUACGCGAAGCAGCUAGAAAAGUUCUGCGCUGACGGCAAGUUCCUGUGUGUUGAUAUGCGCGCCACCUAGCGGCGGAAGAAGCGCAAUCGCGCGCCCCGCGUCACCGCUGUGUGAUGAUAAUUGCCAUGCCAAAAUUUUAUUGCCAUAUUUUUGUGUAUUAUUUUCGAUUUUUAUUGAUGACUAGACAUUGUAUUGAAUUCCUGGCAGAAUAUUCUGGUUUAACUUUUAGGUCAAGUACGUUUAGCACAAAAUUAACGAUAUUUUGUCGAUUAGUAUACCUUAAUAUUAUUUUUCUGAUAGAAGAUGCGUUCUGUACCUUCCAUAUUAACCACGCGAAUAAUAUUUCAUAUAUAAGUUACUAUUUUGUCCACAGAGCAUAUUGCUCAAGAUUCGCCUAAAAUUAAUAAAUAAAUACUAUAAUGAUCAUUGCCGUAAUUUUAUAAAUGGAAUCUAACAUUAUUACAAAAUUAAAUUUCUCAUAAUGUUAGGAUUUAUAAGUGCGGAAAAUAACAUUGUUCAAAAUCUAAUUUUAUUUAUUAAUAUAGAAUCAAAAAAGUUCCUCAAACAACAGAUCAUUAUGUAUAUCGACGGAAUUGACUUUUUGUGUAUAUGACAACUCUAAUUUAUAAAACUCAACGACAAUUAAUCUCUAUUUAUUAAAAACAAUGCUAUAAACCGGGCCAUUAAAAGUACAAAAUAAAUAUCUGAAAUAUUUUCCGUCACAGUAUUUUUGAUAAAUUAAAUACAAUACUAUAGGGAACCUUAAAUUCAAAAAUAGAACCAAUUCCGAAUGACAGGUCACAAAGUUCUUGUGUUUAAAUGAACUUGAAUUUAUAAAUGGAAUCAACUCCGAAAACCGUUAAAAAAUUCUAAAGUUAAAUUCAAAAAUGGAACUAAUUCCAAAAACACGGUCACAAAUAAAACAAGUUUUACACUUCUAUAGUAUUGUUAUUCACAGCCUAAAUAGAACAAAUAAAAUUAACAUUAAAUGACGUUUAAUAUUUAAAAUUAGAAUUGGAAUGUAGCGUAACAUAGUAUAGUAUAACAUAAUUUAGAAUACUCAUUACAAAAAUAUACAUUUAGUCGAUUUUAACACCAAUUUAACUUAGUAUAUACUGAAAAAAAAUUGAAAAAUUAAUUAAUGUCGCAGUAUAUUAAGGGUUAUAUUAUACCAAUAGUGAGUCAUUUUUCAUAUUAAGACGUAAAGCUAUAAUGUCCAUUUUUAAUAUAAAAAAUGUAAAUUUCCAAAUUCAAUUCGAUACUAGAGAUUUUUCCAAAACAUCGUAUAAAUUGGAAGUAAAAUGUUUUUAUAAAUCUAAAAAUAAAAGGUUAGGGUUCAUUUAUCAAGUGCCAUGCCAUAAAAAUGUGUUUGCAGAUAGGUGUUUCUGUUUUUGAAGAUUCAUACAAAAUAAGUAGGGUAAAUCUUUACGCUUUAAACCAUUUUUUAUACAGUAGUUGUAGUGAUACAUGUUGUGAAAGUAUUCUUCCAUAGAUUAUACUAGUCACAUGAUCAGACAAUUAAAAUAGUGCCAUUGUAGGUUUUUUUAAAGCUGGUUCAUUCCAAUUUAGACUAAAUUCGGCUGUUGUAU